GGAAAGGAGGCCGUGAGGGGUCUGGCGGCGACUCGCUGGCGCUCCGCACUCGGACGAGGCGCCGCCAGAGGCGUUUUCUCGGGACCCGCCGAGGUGUGUGCGUGCUCCUGCCAACCGCGGCUCUUCGUCGUUCAAGACUUCGUAACUCGACCGUUGUUCGCGCCUUCCAUCCGCGUUAUAUAUAUCUUAUUUGAAAUCUUCGAUCCGUGCCGAGGGAAACAAUCGCGCCUACUCGGAGUUUUACGUAAUUCAGUUAGCCGGACGCGGUUCGCGCGCGUGUGACGCGCUUCUGCGGUGCGCUCUCUGGAUCAGUACACCGUGCAUCGACUGUUUCCACCGUGGCACCUCGUAUACUGCAAGUGUGUACCGGAAUAUUAUGUAGAGCUUCGUGGAGACGGCGUCGUGGCGGUGUGAUUUGGAAAGCAUGAUGCGCGCUAUAACUGUGGUCGCCGGGAAAUGCGAUAUCGGCGCCGGACGACGCUGGGCCUGUUAGCAUAAUUGGGCUGGCCCGUGGAAGACAUGGAAUACAGCGACACUCAUCGGAUUUGGCUCAAGUCGCCCAGGACUCCUUCUUUGUCGUGGACUGAGAUGCGGCCGUUCCACCGCAUGUAGAGGUGUAAGUGUUCCAUACCGGCAUUCACAGUGAUUUACCGCACUAUGGCACUCGAAGAACAUUACCGGCUGUCAGCAAGUCACCGCGACCGGCAACUUUUCUGUUGUCUCGAGUCAAUGUGUGCUUUCGCUGCCGUGCCGCCUUGACAGAGCCGACAUAAAGCAAUAGAAAGGCAACCGAAUAUUGUCGAAACUUCUGCGAAAGACAUUACUAAUGACAGAAAAUCAACGAUAGUAAAGCAGGCUGAUACAAAUUGACAAAAAAAAAACCCAGUCGGCGUUUUACAUACUGUAUAGGACAAACGGAACGUGGUAAGGAAAGCCGUCAUGUGCCUGAUGUCGUGGGUUCGCGCUUGCCUCGCGUUGUCGCUGCUGGUGUUAGCUACGGCGGUGGGUGCGGCCGAUGCCACACCAACGUCUACAAGUCGUCCCAGCCCCCGCGUGGUACGGACAAAGUACGGCCAAUUGCGGGGCAAGCUCAUCACGCUGGGAUCUCGGUUCGGCACCCACUUGCCUCCCGUCGAAGCGUUCAUGGGCGUGCCGUACGUGAGCCCACCGCUGGGCACGCUACGCUUCAUGCCUCCAGUGAACUCCCCGCACUGGGACGAUGUGCGCGCAGCGGAUACGCCGGGCCCCGCGUGCCCGCAGCGGCUGCCGGAGUUUCUGCGCAACGAGUCGUCGCCGGCCGGAGUUCGCAUGCCGCCCGGCCGUCUCGAGCAGCUGCGGAGGCUGGCGCGAGCCGCCUUGCUCAACACCAGCGAGGACUGCCUGCAUCUCAACAUCUACACUCCAGCGUCAGUGGCUCGGGAUCCCACGAAACUUCCGGUCAUCAUGUUCAUCCACGGCGAGUCAUACGAAUGGAAUUCGGGGAACGCCUACGACGGCUCCGUGCUUGCCAGCUACGGAAACGUCGGUCGUUGUCACGAUCAACUACAGGCUCGGAAUUCUCGGCUUUCUGCCGGCGAUGGAUGGUGCCUCUCGGGCCAACAACGGGCUUCUUGAUCAAAUAGCUGCACUACACUGGAUCCACGAGAACAUCGACGUGUUCGGAGGAGACCACCGGAACGUCACCAUACUGGGACACGGACACGGAGCGGCAUGCGUUAACUUCCUUAUGAUGUCUCCAAUGGCCAAAGACAACGGACUAUUCCAGCGCGCUGUGAUGAUGUCCGGCUCGGCGCUGAGUCCAUGGGCCAUCGCUCGGGACGCGGUGCGCUACGCGCGGCAGGUGGGCCGGGCGCUAGGAUGCCCAGAGUCCGGCACAGGCGCCGCGCUCGGAGACUGCUUACGUCAUCGGCCCGUACGUGAACUGGUCGACGUCCCUCUCGCCGUGCCCGAACACCUCUCGGCAUUCGGUCCCACCGUGGACGGCACCGUGGUUCCAGGAGAGCCACGCCACGAAAUGGCCUCACCACGUUCGUCAUACGCCGACUACGAUCUCCUGUUUGGUGUAGUGCGCUUCGAGGCGUAUUUCUUGUUCACAGCUUACGAGGAGAAGCACGGAUUUGAGGUGGACCGACGCGACCGUCUUCUACGUACGCUAGUGCGCAACCUGUACAGCUUCCACCAGCAGGAGAUCUUCCUGACUGUCGUCAACGAGUACACGGACUGGACCCGGUCGGUGCAGCACCCGGCCAGUAUUCUCGAGGAGACGGCAGAGGCACUCAGUGACGCGCUCGUCGUGGCGCCCGUCGUCGAAGCCGGCACGCUUCACGCUGCAGCCGGGGCCGCCCGCAAGGCAGCUAAACAGCAACAGGGAGGUGGCAACAAGGUCGGCGGUCGCGUGCCGACGACGCACUUCUACCUGUUCGGCUACCACUCGGACGAGUCGUCAUUCGCGCAGAAGAACGGCUGCGUGCACGGCGAAGACCUGCCGUACGUGCUUGGCCUGCCUCUGCUGGGUUCGGGCGCGCCACUUUACGGCAACUACAGCAAGCAGGAGGCCGCGCUCUCUGAGACCACCAUGUCCUACUGGGUACGCUUCUUUCGGACGGGUUCUCCAAAUUUCACUACCACGGAAACAGAAUCCGAACGCAGCAAAGGCGGCCGCGGAGAGAAAGUGGGCUGGCCUGCCUAUGACCCUGUGCAUCAAAAGUACCUCACUCUAGGCACCAAGCCCAAGGUGCGGGACCACUACCACGCGCAUCGGCUGUCGGUGUGGACGCAGCUGAUUCCCAAGCUGCACCGCGCGGGCGGCGGUGACGUGCCCCGGUCCCAUCACUUGCUCGAGGACUUCGAAGACGCAGCCUCGUACGACGGCGUGGUGCGCGAGGUGCCGCCUCCGCCCCCUCCCAUGUCGCCUUCGCCCACGCCCUCCCUGCCACACUCCACCAUCGACUCGAACUCGGGCGGUGGCGGGCCGCUCACCACCAGUGGAGGAGCGCGCGCUGGGAAAGGGGCACAGGAUGGAGGCCGUGGCGGCGUCACGACACCCGGUGACCCUAGCCAAACGGAGGCCAUGGCCAUGCCCCAAGGCGGCUACUCUACGGCGCUGGGCGUCACCAUAGCUGUGGGCUGUUCGCUUCUCAUCCUCAAUGUGCUCAUCUUCGCCGGCGUCUACUACCAGCGGGACAAGGCGGGCCGGGCCUCCGACAAGGCAAAGAAGAGGCCGUUCGAGCCUCCGCGCCUGGGCGACGAGCUGGGUCGUGGGUCCCCGCCGUCGCAGCCGGCCUCCAUCCUGGCCGGCAGUGGCACGCUCAAGCGACCCCCUCCGGCGUCUCCUUGCGCCGGAGGAUGCGAACACCUGGACUACCAGAGCACGCCCGCGGUCGUCACCGGCUGUCUAGCCGUCGCGCCACCCAAGGUGCCUCCGAAGCCGAACAGCCUCCUCCCGUCGGACCAUCCGGAAGCCCAGCCCUUGCUCCCGCUGUCAGCGUCUGCGCGGGUUCUGUCACCCGGCGCGCACGCUACGCUUCUCAGGCAUCACCAGCAGCAGCAACAGCAGCAGCAGCAGCAGCAACAACAGACACAACAGAUCGCGGGCCACAACACUCAGGAGCUGUGCGUUGGUUUCCGGGACCGGAGGGAAGAGACAACGGUCUAGCAUCGGUGGUGGUGGCGCGGUGGCCUUCCGGGCGCAGACUGUGGCGAGGAGUUGUACUGGGCACCAGCGGCCCCGUAGAGACAAUAACCCGACUGAAUGACUCAGCCGGACACUCCCCGUUUGGCUUCCCCACCUUAUCGGUGCGGGAAGGGCCGUGAGCCACGGAAUAGGACUCACGCCCCCAUCCAAACUACGUUCUUCUCUUCGAGAAAACAAAGAGGACUCUCCGAGAGAAAAAAAAAAGAGAAAGUGUUUCGGCGCAAACAGGCGCAACAUUUCUUUUUUAGUUGUUCUUGCCCACUGUGCUUCAUUCUUCUCGACAACCAGCAACACCACACCGCGAAACUGCGUACGAGGAGUGCAUACCGUCGCUGUUGUGGUGGCGGCGGGUCAGACGUCUUCUGUGUGCGUGCGUGUGCGUGUGUUUGUGUGCGAUUACCAUCCGACGUGUCUCGCGCAUACGGUGAGCAGUGUGCUCUUCCUGUUUGGCUCGGCCCGACUCGCGCGUGUGUUGGCCGGUGUGUGCGCGGUGUGGUGCGUGGUUUUUCCGAGGCUAACAAGGGAGGACGAUGGCUUAUAACGAGCCGCUGUGGCAGGCGUUCGGCUUUGCUGCGGAAUGCUUCCUUACGGCGCUUCCUGCUUCGUUUACUGACGACGUGCUUUUUCCUUCCGUUUUUUUUGGCUGACCGCUACUUCUGCGGUCCAUGUGUAGGUUGCCGACGGGACUCGUUGGUCAUUCUUUGUUUGUGGUCCUCGUGAGUGCGCCAGUCGCACAAUGGCAGGGGAACUGUGGACAAAAGGGCGCCCUAUGAGGCUAGAUGACAAGCCCGUUAAAAUGGUUCUUUUUUGUGUUUUUGUUUUUUACACUUUAGCCGAUACGUGAGUGCCGUUCCAGCAAAGUAUGAUGGUUGCUUUUCUACCAGCGCUCACAAUACGUUCUACAUAGCUCUGACAGAGGAACCGCGCCCACGAAUCUACACAAUACAAAUUGUGUGAGAAGAAAAUCACGACUGGUAUCCCUUCUGGACUCUUUACGGAGCUCGCGAUGCGAUAUUGCAAAAAAAAAAAAAAAAAGAUAGCCUGUUUCUCUUGCCGCCGUUAGGUUUUCUUUUUUUUUUUUGGCCGUCGAACAUUCUUCUACGGCAUCUCAGGGGUCGUGAGCGGUACCGCGGUUUUUGUGUAGUGUAUGGGACAGUUCUGACGACCUUGUUCAAAAUAAAUAAAACGAGCGAUCCGGAUGGACGCCUAGGUUGUUAAAGUGGUUAAGUUACACGAUAUUAAGAGAUAGUAGCGACAAUGAAAUAACCAAUGGAUCUCAGGCACUUUCGCAUCUAACUUUUUUCCCUCGGCCCUCGGUUUCUCGCUGACCAAGUUUGGUGACAAGAAGUAAACGGACGGUUUGGGACCGAGUGUAUGCUCAGUAGGAGCAAACCGUUUCAUUUACACGCUCCGAAAGAGCAUCCGAAAACCGAACCUCGUUGAUUUGUAGGAUACGCACAUUAUACUAUUUUCCGUCAUCUUAAAAAACGUUUAACGCUCCUGUGUCCAUCUAUUUAAGUAACUUGUUUAAAGAUGUCAUGUAAUUUUGCAGCGGAUUUUGGUAAAUGUUAUUGUUCAGAUUUUGUCUCAGGACAGUAAUCCGGUUCUUUUUGUUUUUUUUUUCUCUUUUCAUGAGUUGGAAAAUUCCCAACGAAAAGUGUUUCUCGGAGUUACUCCGUCGUCUCUUAAUUUGUGUUAGGGUCCUGAGUCUUGUGUUAUAUUUGCACAGUACUCGCUUGUAAUACUGAAAUAUUUGGUCAUUCAAGAUCGGUGUAGUUACGCUACUGGUUUGCCAGUUUGCCUUUACUAAUAUCAAAACAGCAACUUAUGGUUGAACUAAAGAAGCCAAUUCAUCGAGACAUACUUCACGCCAACAUCGGAUCCAUAAUCCAUUAUUUUACCCCAUUUGUGUUACUUGAUAUACAUGGAGUACUUACAGUCAUCAAUAAAACACAUCCUUUUUUGCAGUGUCAGCGUUUUUCAAGAAACCGGACAUGUUACACAUGUGCGCGUAUCUUGUUUUCAUGUGUCCUUUAGAAGAAGAAGAAAGAAGCAGAGCGUGUGGUGUGUUUUUCAAUUGUACAAAUGAAUAAAGCUUCUGAUUAUGGAAGUGAACGGUCGCGGCUGACCAGAUGAACUUUGAAAUACUAAUACGCCUUGCUUAAAUGGCAAAAGCUAGCACCCUGUUAAAAACUUUUCAGCAAGUUGUUAGAGUCGUACUCAUUAUGUCCUGGUAUCCUAAUGCAUUACCUUAGCAGAAACAUCGAUAUUCUUAACUAAUCUGGAAGCAAGUUUAUUCCACCUGGACCAAUAGCGAACAUGGUGCUCUCUUAAGCACGCUUAAAAAAUAAUACAUCAAAGAAAAAUAUUUGUUGGUUAUUGGUUCUGGCGAGAUUGUUAUAAUUCGUGAAGAAGGUUAUUCGCGCACCACUAAAAAAGCGACUAGUAAACGAGAGAUACAAGCGAAAACUUUCGAAUGAAAUUAAUGGAUGUAACGUGACUUUAUACAUAGACGCACAUGAUGUAGCUUGAAAGACACCUUGGACUAUAAAUGCGCAAUCACUAAAAAAAUCCGGACGUCUAUGUAUGGAAGCGGCCUUCUUCCAUUCAAAUUCAGCUGAAAGUUUUCGCUGUGUCUGUCUUUUCCUAACCCUCGUUUUUAAGUGGUGAAAAAAGAACCGCUGGCAAGACUAAGCA